UAAAACCGUAAUUUUCACCAUCCCCGAGGGUCAUUCCAAAAUUUCCAGUCAGUCCUUUCUCUCCACGUCAUCACCCCUUACGAUUCUUUUCACUAUAUAAUCCUUCCCCAUUCAACCUUUGUGCUUCGUCAUUUUCUGUUCUCACCUUCUCUUCUAACUCUCGCAGAACUGCGUCGGGUCGUGUAUUGCCGGAGCACAUCGCCGGAAAAUUCAUCUUCGAAGGAGGGAAAUAUGACAGCAUCCCUAGCGAGGAGGCUCUUACGGCGAGGAUCGCCACAGCUUCGCUGGCAAAGCAGCUUUUCUCAGGCGGCGGCGGACAGAAAAAACGACGCCGUCGCCGCUCCGGAACUUCCGCCGUUCGAUUACACCCCUCCGCCGUACACGGGACCCACCGCCGGCGAGAUCCUGGCGAAGCGCAAAGAGUAUCUGAGCCCUUCCAUCCUCCACUUCUACAAGACCCCCGUGAACGUGGUGGAGGGUAAGAAGCAGUACCUGUUCGAUGAAAAUGGGAAGAGGUACGUGGAUGCGUUUGGAGGGAUUGCUACGGUGUGUUGCGGGCACUGCCACCCUGAUGUGGUCGAGGCCAUAGUGAACCAAACAAAACGCUUGCAGCACUCAACGGUUCUUUACCUCAACAACGCCAUCGCCGAUUUUGCUCAAGCUUUGGCUUCCAAACUUCCCAGCAAUCUUAAGGUGGUGUUUUUCACAAACUCUGGAACAGAAGCAAACGAAUUGGCUAUAAUGAUAGCAAGGUUGUACACCGGGUGCCAUGACAUAAUAUCUCUGAGGAAUGCUUACCAUGGGAAUGCAGCUGGAACGAUGGGUGCCACAGCUCAAAGCAUCUGGAAAUUUAAUGUUGUACAGAGUGGUGUUCAUCAUGCAGUAAAUCCAGACCCAUAUAGAGGUAUUUUUGGUUCAGAUGGGGAGAAGUAUGCACGAGAUGUCCAAGAUAUCAUUAAUUUCGGAACUUCUGGAAACGUAGCAGCCUUCUUAUCUGAAGCCAUACAGGGAGUUGGGGGAAUUGUUGAAUUGGCUCCUGGUUACUUGCCUGCUGUGUACAAUAGCAUUAAAAAAGCAGGAGGGCUUUGUAUUGCCGAUGAGGUUCAGGCUGGUUUUGCUCGCACUGGGAGCCAUUUCUGGGGAUUUGAGGCCCAUGGUGUUGUUCCUGACAUAGUGACAAUGGCUAAGGGCAUUGGAAAUGGCAUUCCCCUUGGUGCUGUUGUAACUACACCAGAGAUUGCAGAGGUCUUGACCCGCCGAAGUUACUUUAACACCUUUGGUGGGAACCCUGUUUGUACUGCAGCAGGGUUGGCUGUCUUAAAAGUAAUAGAGAAAGAGAAGCUUCAAGAAAAUGCGUUUGUGGUUGGUUCCUAUUUGAAAGAGAGGCUCACUGCGCUCAAGGACAAAUAUGAAUUAAUUGGUGAUGUGAGAGGAAGAGGCCUGAUGCUUGGAGUUGAACUUGUCACUGAUCGUGAACUUAAAACACCAGCAAAAGCUGAAACACUGCAUGUAAUGGACCAAAUGAAAGAAUUAGGAGUACUAGUUGGUAAGGGUGGUUACUAUGGAAAUGUCUUCAGAAUUACACCUCCCCUAUGUUUCAGCAAAGAAGAUGCAGACUUCCUUGCAGACGCAAUGGACUUGACCUUGUCUAGAAUUUGAAUCGUAGCUAAGUUCCUAGUGUUAAUAAAUGUCCACUUUAUCAUAUCAAGUGGAACUACUGUAUUUUAUCAUCUUCAUAGUGAGUAAAUUUAUAAAUAUAGAUGCAGGCUUAUACCUACGGUAGCCUACUCUGAUAUUAGGAAAGGAUGAGCCAACAACUCGUUGUCUCUUGUUUUGUCCUUUUAUCUUUUCUCGUCCUAUAUAUUAUUAGCUGUUCCUUCAUAUCUCGGAAGCUAUGCAAAUCCUUAUCUU